AAACACAACGACGCCGCAUGGAAGAAGGCCCAAAACAUUUGCUCCUUUCGUUUCGGCAUCCAAGCGCCCCUUGGUGAAGGUGCAGACAUAACAAUCACAUAGCGGAAGCGGCUCCAUACUCCAUAGCUGAAGAGUAGCAGCAGCAAAGAUAAAAGGAGAGAUGUUAGGGGCAUUUUGGGGAACAAGGGUAAUGGAGAUAGUGAAGAAGCAUGAUUCUGGAGGCUUAGUAUGGAAAAGAAUAAAACUCACUACUACCCGUAAAGCCAAUGCUAAGAAGCGUCUCCUCAGAGUUUGGCAGAAUGAAGCUGUCUUGAAGGCCUGUGCUGAACCACCACCCUCAAAAACUUCUGCAUUGUCUGAUGCUACUGGAGUUGCUGAAAAAGAUGGCCUUAGCACCCAAACUUAACUUGCAAAAUUAGCUGAGAACAAGUCUGAAGGAUGUCUUAUUUUUGCAACAUGAAACCAGAUUUGUGCCCGUGUUUGUCCAGGACUAUUCAGUUUAGGCUCUAUUUUAAGUUGUCUCUCACUCAAGUAGAAAAGGGUUCAUACAUUCAAUACAAAUCGAUAUUAGUCUUUGCAUAUUGGUGUUCAGGAGAUUAGCUUUAUGCUGUUUGAUUACUCAGUAUUUCUUUUAGAGCAUUUUUCAUUUUUCUUUAAAUCAAAACAAAGCUGUUCAGGAGAUUAUGUAAUCAUGAGUUUGUAGAAGUAGUUGAAAGAAAGGGCACGCUGUGUUUUCUUGUUUAUUGUCCAAAAUUGACAAUAAUAUGAAAUGGCAUUACUUUGUAGUCA